CGGUCAGAGGAGAACGGAGGAGAGGGGAGGAGGAGGAGGAGGAGGAGGAGCAGCAGCAGCAGCAGCAGCAGCAGCAGCAGCAGCGGGGGACGGCGGCGGUCAGGGGGUGGGCGGCCCAUCCCGGUCCCAGCGAUGUGGCAGAGGCGGCACUAUUUUGUGAAGUUAUCAGGGCUCUUGUUGGCAUCAUUGUUUGCUUGGUACUUGGGAUACUUAUUUGCUGCUCAUUUAUCACAAGAGACACUGUUGACAUCUAUAGCUUAUCUUCAAGACAUUGGAAAGAAACCAGUGUUGAGGGCCCCACUCCCCAGAAGGCAGAAGUGUGAUCACUGGUCUCCCUGCUCACCAGGGAGCUAUGCCUAUCGGAUUCUUAGUGGUGGUGGCAAAGAAAAGCUGGCUAAAAUCUGUUUUGAGGAUGAGCUGCUUAUAAGUGAAGAAAAGGGUAAUGCUGGAAGAGGUAUAAACAUAGCCAUUGUCAAUUAUGAAACAGGAGCACUAACAUCGGCCAGUUUCUUUGACAUGUGGAAAGGAGACCACUCAGAAGAGAUGGUGGCUUUCAUUGAAAGUGCACCACAAGGGUCCCUGCUUUUCAUGGUUACUCAUGAUGAUGGAAGCGCCCGGUUGAAAAGUAAUGCCAAAAAGUUAGUAGAAGCUCUGGGAAGUAAAGAAAUACAAAAUAUGAAGUUCAGGUCAAGCUGGGCUUUUAUAGCUGCCAAAGGCUUCAAGCUUCCAGAUGAUAUCGAAAGAGAAAAGAUAAACCACUCUGAUAGUAAGAAGAAUAGAUACAGUGGCUGGCCAGCUGAAAUACAGAUAGAGGGCUGUAUCCCAAGAAACCUGAUGUAAACAAAUCCAUACCUCCUUAGCAAAGAUUCUUCUAUAUUUUUAAACAUAUAACUCUGGUAGUUUGCGUCCAGAGCCCAAUAAGCACCUGAACAGCAUUUGUAAAAUAAGUCAUAGAUACAGUUUUUACUCUUGCUUUCAUUUGUGAGGUUUUUCUCUAAUCUGAAAACAAAUCGAUCUUUUGAUGCAAGUGGUAAGAAAAUGCUCUGGUUUGAAAUUACAGUGCUUAGACAGUUGGUUGUGAAAUACCAGGGUUAUUGAAAGUGAUUGUACUUUGUCAUCAGUGACUUGUUAGUUACUUGUUUUUAACGUGUGUUUCCUUUUGGUUCCCCUUACAAACUAACAUAAAACUUAGUCUAACCUAUAAUAUAAAAUAAAAUAUAAAUAUAAUAUAAUAUAAUAUAAAUUAUUUGGUACUUAUUUAUUGGUAACUUCUCUUCAGAAGAAGCCACUAUAUUUUUUGAGCUGGUUUUGGUAAUGUUAACAAUCUGGAAUAACGUUGUUAACGUGUGGGAAUGGGAUGUUGUUUCUGCAUUAGAUAUUAAAAAGGGUAAUUGGUUUGAAGAAGUAGAACAUAAUGUAUUUGUAUUCUGUAACUUAUCCUUAGAUCGAAAAAUUAGAAAUACUGUAUACGUUAGCAGCAUCUUUUGGAGACCUAAUUACUGAAUUAUGUGAUUAAUUAUUUCUUGCAAAACUGCAAGAAGUUGUUAAAUGUUCCAAACAAUGUGGUAUAGUGUUAGGGAUUAGAAAACAUACUGUAGGGUUGUUCUGUUAGGAUAAGAAACUCCCAGCAAAAGAAAAAUAGAUUUAACAAACAUCAAAGAAGGUAGUGCCUCUACACCAGGCCGGACUGUCUCACUCUGUGAGAAGCUUGGGAUGUGACAGGCAGGUAUCAAGAUACUCCCCUCUGUCCUCCUUCCGAGCUUAUCUCUAUGCAAGGGUAGACGAGCAGAUAUCCAGAAACAAUGACCAAACGUAAUGACCAAAGGGUCAGAAGUUAAUUAGUUAAUUAAUUAAAAGUUUAUGCUUAGCCAGCGAAGAUUUAUGUUUGUCCACUGUUUGUAUGUUUAGUGAAGCGUCGAGAAGAUUGUGAACAUAAAGUACUCAGCCAGUGAGGAACUAGGGGAGAAAGAGAUAAGCGUCGGGCAAUAAGGCAUAAAAGAUGCAACACUGUUUUCUGUGUGCUCUCCUGCUUGCAGGAGGCCCGCCAUUGCAAUUGCGAAUAAAAGCUGCUUUAUCAGAGAUACCAUCCUGAUAAAUUAUUUGGAUAUUUCCAACAAUUUGGGGGGUCAUCUGGGAUAAUUAUCACCUCCCAGGGGUCUCCCCCACUGUCCUGAACAGGAUAGGUGCACCCUGCUGAUUUAGCAGUCCUGUCUGGGUGGUGGGGUGACACCUUGGGACAGCCGAUAAGAAACCGAGGCUGUUACAUAAGGGACAGGCUCUGACAAAGCCAAGAGGCAGGCAGGCACGGGCGCUGGCCUUUGCGACCUGAUAACUUUGUGCACGGCCAAGGUAAGGGAAUUUAAUUCCUGCCUUGGGGGUCGGUGGAGACUCUUUGAGUGUGUGCAACUGAGGUGCAAAUUCAGUGCAAAGCAAGUGCAGAGUCCCGAUCUGCGGUUCCAUUGUCCU